CGCAAAGCCACACAGCGUAGUUAUAUCUACGGUAGAACGGGAAUCUCGCGAUGCAUAACUUUCUUUUACUCAACAAAUGAUCUUGGUCAGUGAGCGAGUAUGUUGCUGCGUUCCUGUACGCAUCGGCGUCCUACUAAUAUCCAUUAUUCUGAGUCUCGUCUACCUCGCUUUAUUUACUCUCAUGUUCGUCAAGCACGAUGAUAUGUACCUGUGGGCUACAUCGAUCCAGGAGGUGGAUACCGCCCUCACCGAUACAGCAUUCAAUGGGGUGUUUGCAGCGUUCGCGUGCGUCACUAUGGGAUAUGCAGUGACUUCGGUGUUCGGCAUCAUAGCGAUUGUUCUCCAACAUCGAAGGGUGGUGCGCAUCUACCAUGUGGCGAACUGGAUUUUCGUACUCUUAAUUCUCACCAGCUCUUUGGCGUAUUGGAUCUAUUUCAAGGUCAAGCAAGAUGUUUAUGUUAACGAUUGCCAGGAUUUGGUGAAUAAGAUGGCGGGAUUGCCGGAAGAUAGUCCAUACAGUCGCGUGAUUGUUCCACACAACAAGCCUAUUGCUGGAGGAAACGAUAAACAAUACUGUAUAGAUCUGAUAAACAAACUCGUGAUUGCUUCUGGCGUCGUUGUAUUCGUAGGCAACGCUAUUCAGAUAUACUUUGCAAGCUCGAUCGGUGUUUAUGCGACAAGUUUGAAACGUCAUUAUCAGCAUCAGCGUUUGCAGGAUCAGGAUGACGAUGAAAUCAUGGCAAGAAAAUUGAUGGAAUGAGAGAAAACCCAUAGCAGUACAUUGUAAAUUAUUUAUAUCCACUCGUCGCAUCUACUAUACGACGUCCCAUACCCUCUACAUUUUUUUUUACAUCCAUUUAUUGAAUAAACAUUAUGAGAAUCAUCACAUUUUCCC